AUGGCCGCGCUUACUAAGAGCAUGCCUACCAAGUCCGUCCUUAAAGCGCGCUUGUCCUUAAAGUCCGUCCUUAAAAUGAGCUCGUCCUUAAAGUCCGUCCUUAAAAUGAGCUCGUCCUUAAAGUCUGUCCUUAAAACGUCCCUCCUAAACGUCCCAAUAGACAACGGAGUCGGAGCCCUCUCCAUAGGCGUCCGCGCAAAUCAGGCGGUCGCUCACCCCCCAUACAAGCGUACGCCUUUCCUUAGCCUACCCGUCAAAAGAAUAACCUCUCUCGCGCCCGCAUUCUUUUUCUUUUCAUCACGCCCGCCGCGCCCCACUCCGACUUUCUUCACAAGGCGACCCAGACGCUCAAUGGAGCCACGACCUCUACGAAGACCCAGAAAAACCCAGCCCAUCAUCGAGGCUCACCUUGAGCGCCGAAAACCUAUCGCAGAACGUAAUUUGGUCGAGCUCCCCAGGAUGAAAAGUAAGGAGAAACUUGUUCGACUUUGCCCGACGCAAAUGUCUGAUACGUUUGAACCCCUUCUCAUCGAAGAUAAGGGCGCCGCCGCAACCUUGAAGGAAUUCGCGUUUUCCGACAAAUUCACGGCAACCUCGAAAAAGAUGCAGCAUGCCAACCGGACAUACAGUCACGACGAUGGAGUCAUGCAUCUACUGAUUCAUUGCGGCCUCGGUCUUUCAAUGACAGCGUUGCAAGAUGCUCGUGCGCGAAGGCUCCUUCCGCUGUCGCUAUCCGUCGCCCGGGUGGCUAGUGACAUCGAUGAAAUCGAGGACGGGUUUGCAUCGCUGGUGCUUGACGAUGGGUCUACUACAAUCCCAAACAGUUUACCGGCCGGGAGCGCCGACAAUGUAGAUAUUCCGCUCAGAUUCGUUAUCCAAGCUGCGUUAGCAAUUAUUCUAUACCUCCUCGUCGACCUUCAGAGAAAGGCAUCUCGAUUCUCAAUGAUCGCUGCGUGCCUUAAGACCGAAUCUGCGCAUCCCGCUCGGCUUGUCUAG